UUAUUGUUGUGGUUAUAUCGUCCAGUACUGCUCAGCUGUUGGUAUAAUGAUCACCUAUUAUUCAGGUGAUUGGCCAACACAAUAGAAAUGAAUAUGUAGAUAUGAAAUGAAGCCGUCUGGGAGAAUGUUUAUCAGAAUUAAAGAAUGAUUUGGAGGAAGAGGAAGAAAAGAAGUAAGAAUAUUUUGUGCUGACGUAGGACGAUACAGAUUAAGCUGUCAUCAUGGCUGAUGGCAACUAUAAGUGUCAUGAUUGUCACAUGAAUUUUGAAUCUAUGCAACUUUUACAAAAACACAAGAAAAAGUUUUGUGUUGGUGGGAAUAUUGGUGAUCCAGACAACCUCCUGUUGAGAAAGGGACUGUGGUCAGCAGGUAGCCCAUCCCCACCUCCUCAUUCUCCUGAUGUGAAGAAAGCAGAGAAGAAGCCGUCCAUUUCCUCUUACUUAGUCACGGAACUGAAAAAUUAUAAGGAGAAUCGCAAUAAGAUAAGAGACCUUCGCCAUCUGGAGGAGAGGAUCCUUUUAGAUACUUUGGAGGACACAGACCGUAAACUAGGGCGAUCAACUCGUCACCCCAGUCGUGCCCGUUCACAUCUUCCUCUCUCACAUGACCAGGAAGUCCGACAUCUGCAAUUGGAGUAUGAAAAUUUGAAAGAAAAAAUAUCCACUGACCGUCGGCAGCGUCCAGUCAUGCAGCCUGCAGACACAAGACGGCGGCAGAAUUAUCAACCAGUUGUCCAGCAUACUGACCGCCGAUCACGUCAGGAUAAUCGGUCUGUCAUGUCUGAUGCUAGCAUGAGCAUUCAUCUUGAUGAUGAUAGAAGAAAGAAGAAGCCGAAGGAAUACCAGAGGUAUAACCCGAACCAGGAUUCCCAGCUCCGACAACUCGCAGAAAACCAUGGUCGCCAGAUGGAGUACCUCCAGAUCAAAAACAGGGACCUGGAAAAACAACGAGAAGAUAUCAGACGACGUCUAGAAGAGUUGGCUAACAAAGGGAGCAAGCCGCAACCGACUGACAAUACAUCACAACUGCUGUCAGAACUCCGGGCCCAGGAGGAACGCAACAAGAUUGCCCUGGACGAUCUACGAAGACAACUGUAUGACAUCCAUGGUCAACGUGUCAACUUUAUUGAGGUGGAGAAAUCUAUGCAGCCUCGGCCCCAGCCUCAGCCUCCCUCUGACCGCAAGUCCUAUGUGUACCCUGUGUACUAUGGCAACUCCCUGGUGGCUGAGAUCAGUGCAAUGAGACAGGCCUACCUCCAAAAUGGGGGCAAUGAUCCUGACGUACUUGCACAGAUGGCACAGAUGCAGGCUGAAGCCCAGAAUAUAGAGGAUGGCAUGAAACAGGCCCCAGAGAAAAAAGACAAGAAGGACCACCAUAGCCAGCUACAGAUGCUGGAGUUGGAAAACGAACGACUACACAAAGAGCUGUUGCUGCUACAGGAACAGAACUUCAUGAAUAGAAAGAAGUCGGACCGAGAAGAUGAACUUGAAGCACAGCUCCGUCGUCUUCAGGAAGAACAGCUGAGGAAGAUGAUGCAGCUUCAGAAUGAGAUAGAGCUGCUAAAACAACAGAAUCUGCUAAAACAGAAUGCCAGACUCCCUCCUCCAGCACCGAACAAUGCUGACAUGCCGUGGAUGAUGCAGCGUCCGUACGUGGAUGUAGAACCCAUGCAGCCAUACGACCAGUAUGCUGGUUUUGUGAUAUUCUACGAUUUUGUACUGAACCUUGAGCCGAGUGUGUCAGCAUGUCGACUCAUCGUUGGUCUACACAGUACUUCCCAGGCCAUGGGAGAACCUACUGUUCUACCAACUGUUUACUGUGAGCCAGCUACUAGAGCCACCUAUAUGCAGAAUGUAUCCAACGCUGUAAUUGGUGCUCGUCAGCCAGUACCCAAAUGUCCGCCCAGCUCAGACCUAGGUAUAGUGGUGGAGCUUCAGCUCUCUGGAGGACCAGCGUCCGACUAUGACCGACAUAGUCUCAUCACACGUGCAUGGGUCAAAAUUCCCAUAUUUGACAAUGAUCAGAGAUUAAUGGCUGGAAAGUUCCGUAUACCAUUCCGGAAUGUCCCUAUCAAACCGUUCUUCCAUGCUAGUCAGUUACAGAGCCUCCAAAAGUACGGAGAGUGUGAGUUAUAUUACCGCCUGGUCAAUAUGCGAGAUAUGGAGAUUCAAUCAAUGAAUCAGAUAUCUGCUACCAACCAAAACCAGUACCGGGCACCAAAUAUUCCUCCACCGCCCCCGAAUCAUAAACCAUUUACACCACAAAUUCUCCCUCCUCCCCCCUCCGCCUCUAUCCCUGGGUCAGCAGGAGAAGGCAAUCGUUACAGUUCUAGUAUUAAACACAGUACAGCUAUCAGCAGCCGCCAGGGACAGCGCUUACCUACUAUACGCAACGCCCCCCUCCAACCACAGGAUACAACAAUAGGAUUCCAGGUUGACCGCGUCAAGCACGCUGAACAGGGGGAGGGGAAAAUGAGAUUGACUGCUUAUUAUGCUUCUACUGGAAAGGUUGUACAAUCUUCUGCUGGGCCUGUUACAUGUAGUACUACUGCUGUCAGGUCUAACUUCAAACAUGGCUACCAUGUCUUCGGCCAACAAGAGGCCACUUUUAGUGACAUCGAGAUGCAAGGGGACAUGAUACUAAUGGCACGCUUCUACUUACGCAAACGACAACAAGACGACUCGGAUGAUUAUCUGAUACAGGACAAUGCCCAGGAGGCAACACUCUACGACAACGAAACUCUUGUAGCCUGGGGAGCUAUCCCCAUUGUUCUCUCCAGUGACCCACAAAUCACAUCUAGAUCUAGAAGAAACUUUAACCCAAAUACUAUGACAAUAAACUCAGGGACACAUACAAUUAAACUCUUCUAUCCUCCGGCGGCUGAGGCAGGUCAGAUACCAUUUGAGGAAAUCCCAACCAACCGGGACUGGAAACGCUAUGGGAGGAGUACUCUCAGAAUACACAUCUUCCAGGGUGAGCCACGCCCUGGCUCUCUAACCCCAAGUGAAAACUCUGAUGAUGGCGAGGAUGUCCUUCCUGAGUAUACCUGGCUGCCCCUGGAGAGGAAGGCACCACCUAAGGACCCUUUCCUCAAGGGUGAUGGAUUUGAUGUGUACAUAGAUGGGGGGAGAUACUUCCCGGACUCUGUUAGCUUUACCAAGGUGGCUGGUCGACUACUGGACAGGAAAUAUGAGGUACACGGCCGUGAUAUAAGUACCACAGUGAAACUGGACAGUGAUAUACACAGCCCAGUGUAUGAGGACAAGACAGAGUUUAGGGAGAGUAAUAUCCCUCCAUCAGCGACGCUUCUACUUAAGAUCUACACAGUAGACAACUUCUACAAGGGCCUGACUGUGGUGGGUUAUUCCACUCUCAACAUCUUCGUGGAGUCGGGGACAGAGAGACAGCCAGCCAUAGAUAAACCAGGACUACAGGUUUCUCUGAACGAGGGAGCUCACCAGUUACGUUUGUACAGUCAAGGGCCGAAUGGAGUCGAUCCCCUCACAGAACCCUGUCUGAGGGAUGCUGGGAUUAGAGUUGUCCCUUGUGCAUCCUUACUGGUCAGGAUCACCAGGGUGCCCAAGGGACCCAGUGGCCAUGCUCUAGAGGCCACCAAGGUACCACAGGCAGAUUGGCUGCGACUGGGUCUAUGGCAGCCCCGCCCCAAGUACACGGACCGUAUCUACUACUCAAGCAAGUGCAUGCCCUCUAAGGGUGAAAGCAAAUUGUUCCACUCCAUGAUGCGGCGGCCUCCCAUGUCUAAUAGGGACGCAGUAGCAAGGAUGGCCCAAGCCAAGGAGAGCUUUUUCAGGAGUGACAAAAAUAUUGAAGAGUUCAUAAGGAACAAGCUUACCAAGUCAGUAGACCAGAAACCACUCGAUCAGGACCUAAACUUUAUUGCCACAUACAGUCCCAGACAAGGCUUGAAGAUAGCUAUGGACAGUGCUGCCAAUCUUCCCUGGUCCAACUUCACCCACGCCCAUGUGUGUCUAAACCCACCAGGAGCAUUCUACUUGGGAGCACCUCAUGCUACAUAUGACAAACUCACCUUCACCGAGAUGCUUGAUCUCAACAGUACAAACUCCUCGCCCGCCUGGAAAGAUGGCUUCAAGCACUUUCCCGGUCGGUCCUUCCAUCGGUACCUGGUCUAUAUAAUCCACCUACAGGAGGUGUCGGUCACUGUUGCCAGGGAAAACUAUAAAUACGGACUUAUAGAACAGGCAUGGACAGCUGUACAGGUGUUUACAGACAGGUAUGCCUACACCAGCAUCUUCCAGCUUCCUCUUUACCAGGGCUCACCCACACCUCAGAUGCUCAAACAGCUCGCGCGGGAACCCUGCCAGGAGUGGAUGGAGCGCAACCUCCGAAGCAGAGCUAUACACCUGGUGGACGGAGCAUCUGUGUUCGUCCGUCUCUCCGAUGCCAGAAGAGAAGAUGAAUUACCAGGUGACAUUGCAGGCAACAAACUUGUUGAAGUAAAUACAGACUAUAUCCCCUCGGGAUUGGAAGAGGCAUACAACAAGGAGAAACCAGGAAAGGUCCUUGGUUCUCUUGUCCCGUCUGGCAAGACUCCUGAAGCUUUUGUUGAUGGACUAGCUUUAAAGUUCAAAAAUUUGGUGUACAAGCUGUAUGAAGAUAAUGGUCCAUGAUCUGUCUCUUAAAAGCUGGAAGAGAAUUAUUCAUGGCAUGAUAUGUCCCUAUUACAAGUGUUCUCAACAUGGAGAUACCCCGUAUUUGACAUUGAACUAUGAUUUGUGAUUCCAUUGUACAAGAGUUCUGUACCUCGAGAUGUCCGACAAUGAACUGUGAUCUGUGAUUCCAUUCUACAAGAGUUGUGUACCUAGAGAUAUCCGACAAUGAACUAUGAUCUGUGGUUCCAUUCUACAAGAGUUCUGUAGCUCGAGAUAUCCAACAAUGAACUAUGAUCUGUGGUUCCAUUCUACUAGACCUCUGUAGCUCGAGAUGUCCGACAAUGAACUAUGAUCUGUGAUUCCAUUCUACAAGAGUUCUGUAGCUCGAGAUAUCCGACAAUGAACUAUGAUCUGUGGUUCCAUUCUACUAGACCUCUGUAGCUCGAGAUGUCCGACAAUGAACUAUGAUCUGUGGUUUCAUUCUACAAGAGUUCUGUACCUCGAGAUAUCCGACAAUCAUCUGAUUGGUGUGUCCCUUUUUCAAGAGUUCUGUACCUUGAGAUGUCCGACAAUGAACUAUGAUCUGUGGUUCGAUUCUACUAGAGUUCUGUACCUUGAGAUAUCGGACUAUGACCUGUGAUUCCAUUGUACAAUAAUGUCCGUAUUAAUCAAUAUCCGUCCUUGUCGUUCAGAUUAUAUCUAUAGAAAUAUAAAUUGUGGUGAAUAGGUUCAGCUGAAUCAUACGCUAAUGUCUGGGUUAUUUUCUUCCCAGUCUACAACUGCAAGUUCUAUGUUAUGGCAGAACAUGAAUAAAACCUGUGUAUAGUGUCCACAAUUGUCACAUAAAUGUAGGAUUUGAUACUUUAUAUAGGCUCUCCAUAGUGGUUACUAUAGACAGGUUUUAUUCAUUACCUAAAUAAUGUUUUCCUAAUUGUUGUCAAAAUAGAUCUUCCAAAUCGGCUGUAUAUUCUGUAACAUAUCCUGUUCAGUGAUGGUGCCAUAGAGUUCAUGUCUUGUUUUCUGAAACUUGUCCUAAUAUAGGUGUACUAUAGAGUUACAAGUACAAAAUAUUACAGGAUAUUGACUGGUUUUCCAAUGUGUGUGCAUGUAUCAAUAUUAAAGCCUAGCAGACUUUAAAAUGCCUGAAUAUGUAGGACCAUUGUAAUAGGUCAGAUAUCUGUGGGUAUAUAGUGUUAUGUGAUGGAUACCAAGUCGAUAUGUUUUUAUUGACAUGACUGCCAAGAGUCCAGCUAUAUUAGGUUUCAAAAGUAAACACACAUGUAAUCAAAACUUUAAAUGUCUUUUAUCAAAUGCUGAUAAUUUUUUUGUAUAUUAGUGAUGACUUUGACGAAGAUUAUACAACCUUUCCAACUAUUUUAUAAUUAUGUAUUUAAUUGAUGUUUUUCAUCGAUAUUAACAUUCCCCAUAACUCAUCUAAAUAUAUAUGAUCACAUGUGUACAUGUACUUGCUAGAAGCAAUGUUAUUUCAUGCCUGUCACCUUGUGUAUUUAGAAUUUUAAGUACAAAUCCGUCCAUAAUAUUGUUUCAUUAAUGUAAGUGUGUUCUGAAUGGAGGAGGCAUUUACCAUUAUAUACUGGUAAGAAGUUCUGAUUGACAACUCAUGAUUUUUGAUAAAAAUACUGAGGAGGUAGUAUAGUUUGUAUCUAACUGGGACUUUUAAAGUUUUGUGAUGAAAAGAUAGCCAGCAUCAAUUUGGUUUACUAUUGAUGCAAGCUUUACACAAAGCUUUGAAAUCCAGUUCUGUUUGUUGAUUUCAAAGUUGUUUAGGUAGUUAUCCUUUAUAAUCUUGAUAUUAAUACAAUGUUGCAAUACCAUAUACAGUGUACCUGGUUUUCAAUAUUCUGCCAUCAUGAUAAAUACUUAUUACCAUACUCAAUAUUUGAUUAGUUAAUAACGCCAUUGCCAUGACAAAUACUACAAGAGCUCCACAUUUAUUUAUUUGUAAUAUUAAUCUAUUCACUACUCUUUUAUCCAGAGAAAUUUAACAUCAUAUUUAUCAAUCAACAUUUUAAUGUAUUAGGUUUUAUGAAUUAGAUUUGUAACACUUCAGACAUUUUAUCAUGUUACAAGCACCAUUGUUAUUUACUGUUUGUUGGUUAUAAUAUAUUUUUGUCAUUAUAGAUAUUUUUCCAGGAGACCCGGUACAUUUUUCUGUGUAAGGUAUGAAGAUAUAUUAUUUAUACAAUUAUUAUUAUCAUUCACUAUCCGAUCUAAACUUAGUAAAUUACUGAGUAAAACAAUAAAAGAUACUUCAAAAAGAAA